CAGAGGCCCGGCGGAAACAGCGGCCGAAAAACCGAAAUACACCCACUGUGUUCACCUGGAGGAUGUAUCUCCGCUUCAUUCAAAACGAGUAGAACUGCCCGGAUGGCAUUGUACGUCACCUGGGAGUAGAGUCGGCUGAAUCAUCUGUCCGUGGUCAGGUAUGCUGUCAGAUUGUGGAAUGCUGCUGGACGAGACUCCUCUUUUUGAGCCCUCGCUGCUUCAGGAGGUAGACUGGAGUCGUAACACUGUCUCCUUCUCCCCCCCAAUCUCCCCAUCCAACCCAGGGGACGGCCUGGUGCUGAGGCCACUCUGUACUGCAGACUUCAACAGAGGAUUCUUCAAGGUUCUAUCCCAGCUCACACAGACGGGCGAUGUCACACCGGAGCAGUUUGCGAAGAAUUUUGAGCACAUGAAGAAAACGGGAGAUUACUACGUGGUGGUGGUGGAGGACACAAAUCUGGGACAGAUUGUAGCCACGGCCACAUUAAUCACAGAACACAAAUUCAUCCACUCCUGUGCCAAGAGAGGCCGGGUGGAGGAAGUAGUCGUGAGUGAUGUGUGCAGAGGGAAGCAGCUGGGGAAGCUGUUAGUCUCAACUCUUACUCUCCUCAGCAAAAAGCUGAAUUGCUAUAAAAUCACACUGGAGUGUGCUCCCAAAAAUGUGGCUUUCUACCAGAAGUUCGGCUACAACGCCUCAGACGAGACUUACAUGCAGUGUCGAUUCUUUGACUGAGGACGACAGCAGCAGCAGCCCAAGUUCUGGGGCGAGGACCAUUAUCUUUUACACGCACACGGACAUUAGAACUGGAAAUGAGCUCCUUGACAAUUAAGAGAGGCCUGAGGAUGAGUUUGUACCACAGCCAACUCAUUCCUUCACUCUCAUCCUACACAUAAACGUACAAGGAAGCUCAGUCUAUCAUACUCCUCCGUCCCUUUGGUUACCAUGGCUACCUCUCCAAGGUGGACGUCUGUCAUUUUCUGAUCCAUCCUAAGAAGGAAAUGUCAGUUACUGUGAUUUUUCUUUCUCUUACUUCAUCGCUAACAAGUCAUUUGCUGCGUUCUGACAAACUACAAAUUACAUGUGGUACUAUCACUUUAACUUUAACUUCCGGGCGUGUUGGAAAUCAAGAAGGUAUCAAAUGAAGUCAUAUUAAAGGCCACAAGCAAAUACGCUGGAAGAAUUUACAAUACGUUGAGAUUCAAGCUUAUCGGACCGGUUUCUGUCACCAAAGAAAAGGACCCCUUUCCUCUUGAACUACACAAAGUGUACACUGUCCUAGAAGGCCUUUUUCAGUUAUGUGUUGCUGGAAUACCGAAACCACGUUUUCAGUAUGACAAAUACAUUAAGCAUCAUGACCCAAGACUGUUAUCUGUAAUAUUUCCAGUGAAUAGCAACAAAGACAAAAAAAGACACGUAGCAUUAAGGAAUUGAUGCUUUUGAAGUUUUGUAUUUAGUUGACCGCUGGGUUUAGCAUUUUUUUAUUGGGAAGCGAAUACAAAUUUUUGUAAAUUUAGUCUUAUUUAAGCUUUUGUAGUUAAGUUUUCUAAUUAUGCUUUUACUCUGGAGAAUGGGGGAACAUAUUUAACUGUAAUUUAUUUCCGAAUGUCAGCGCAAAUAAAACAUAUUCUAUGA